UGCGGGCGGUGUCGUGUAGACGGAACACUAAAGAGUGUUUCAUGUGUUUGUGCUCAUUUAGACCAAGUAGCUUUUCUAAUUAAAUUGUUAUAGCAGAUUACAUCAUUGCUUGAAAAUAAUGAUAUAUAUUCCAUCACAAUUUUAUAAUUGAGAAUGUUAUCAAGAUGAGAUCGUUUUGAUCCUUGUAACGUAUUUCGCACGUUUGUGACACGUUGAUAAUUAGUUUUAUCGACGGAUGCUGCAUUUUAUCUUAGCAAUCUCUUGUUCGAAGCAGGAAACGCUGCAUUGUUUGUCAAAGGUUCACGUUGAACAUAGAUCAUGUUGCGUGCAACAUACAGCAUAUAAAGAUGCGAUUAAUUCCAACCGUGUCAAUUCCUCAUUCAACAGCGAAGAUGAAGAUAUUGUGCUUGUUACUUUUUGGCUUCUGGUUGGCGAUAGCUCAUGGCCAAAAUAUACCGUCAUCUCCAAGUUUUGCAACCAGAAUGCACCAGAAUCUUAGACCAUUGAAACGGGUAGCCAGACAAGAUAUUCCUCCACCUCCAGAUGGCAUACCACCUCCACCUGAAGAUAUUCCUCCACCACCGGGUAUGCUAGACGACCAUCAACACUCCCUUUUACGCAAAAAGAGAGAAGCUAGAGGUGUAGGCGGCUCAUUGCCAACAAGGAAGGGUUGAUCGCAAGUGGAGUCAAUACGUCCUUAUUAAAAUAUACUUACGAGUUACGACCAAUGGCUUUUGUUUCUGAACGAUGCACUAUUGAUAAAAUAUAAUAUUCUUCAGCAUUUACAUUAAAUGUUUUGUUUCUCUUUAA